GACUCGCAUGACGCUGGUAGUAACCAAAGCGAAUCUAGCAGAAGCUUCUCAAGAUGGCAUCGGUGAAAUUUGGGGCGCACUUGAAGGAAUUAAGAAUACUUCUAUGUCAGACUUCAAAGUCAAGUCAAGGAGUCAGAGAUUUUGUCCAGCAGCACUAUGUUCCACUUAAGAAAUGCAAUCCACGAUUUCCAGUGUUAAUUAGGGAAUGUUCUUUAAUUGAACCGAAGCUGUACGCGCGUUACGAUUAUGGAAAAGAGCGUUGCGUUUCUUUGUCAAAUUUAAAUGCCGAGGAAAUUUUGGGACAGGUACAGCAACUUGCAUCUAGCCAACCCUGAGCCUUAAGAUGUUCAAUACUCCUGUAUCAUAAAUUAUUUAGUUAUGAAAUAAUUUAAGUAUUUCAAUAAAAUGCUGUUUCUCAAAAGGA